AUGGCAAUGGCCAAAGUGGAAAUUGACGUUGAUGACAUGCAUGAAAAUUCACUUGAUAACAGUGCAGAUAUUGAGUAUUUGGGCAUGGUAGAUGAAGGAUCUUUUGGGAGUAACGAAGAGAAGUCCCAACUAGUGUCUCAGCCCUACUUGGAGCCCCACGACACUAAUACUACGUAUAGCUUCAAAGAUUUAUCUGGUGCAGUCAAGUACAAAUUAAUAACUAUGACAGGAGAAGAAGCUGGCAUCAACAUCACACAUUCACCUUCUCCUGAUGCAGAAUAUUUUGUAAUUAGCAAUCCUGUAGAAGUUUUUGGUACAACAACGACGCCAAAGAAAAAUGCGCGCAGAGAUCCACUCCAGACAAAAGCAGUUACUGCAAAAAAGCGUGACGACAAAAGACGAGCUACCCACAAUGAGGUAGAAAGACGUCGUCGAGAUAAAAUCAAUAGCUGGAUCUCUAAACUGGCUAACUUAGUUCCCAAUUCUGGUCUACCAGACUCUGCAAGUAAAGGGGGAAUAUUAGCUAAAGCAUGUGAUCAUAUCACAGACUUAACGGAGAAACAAAAGAGAUUAGAAAAACUGGAAGUUGAGAAUGAAAAACUUGUACUAGAAAUAUUGAGACUUAACCAAGAGCUGACUGAGGUGCGUAAAGAGAACAGCUCAAUGCGCAACCAACUUGCGGACAACUGCAUAGUGCUAUCACACAGGCCUAAGGGUCAGAAAUCUUAG